GUCUAGUCGAUGGAAAGUAGAGAUCACAAUGGCAGAUCCUCAAUAUCAUGAAUAUAAUGCAGGAAAAUUAGUUCGGACUGUGGCUUGGCGUUUCCUGCUUGUCUUCCUAUUCAUGAUUCGAGAAAUUGCCUCUCUUAUUAUCAAUAUCACCCGAGUGGCCGUCCUGGGAAUUUGGAAAUUCCUAACCUGGCUGUUUUCAAGGCUAACAGAAACAGCUGAAAGCAACGCAUAUACCUUUUCCAAUUUUUAUCCUGACCAUGAUGGCCUGAUUCAAGAAUCAACAGUCCUUCAACUUGAUUUACAUGGCUAUUAUGUAAAGGAGGCUACUGUUAAACUUCACUCUUUCCUGUUGCAGAAUGAAGCACGGUUGAAGAUGGGCCAGCGCCUUCUCAUAAUUACAGGACGGGGCAAACACAGUUCAAAUGGACCGGUCAUUAAACCAAUGGUGCAGCAGUUCUUGGUUUCCCAGGGUUUUGAAUACCGAAUGGCAAAUGAAGGCGCCCUCUUCGUGUUUCUGCCAAAGGGAAGUGCAAGCAGCUUGUUUCAAUCCUCUAGGGGACGCAUCCCUCCUGUCUCGAGCCGGAUGACAGGACCGUAUGGUAGCAAGUCUGUUGGACAAAGCCUGCACAACCCAAAUGUCUUCCCUCGUGUGAACGACAGUAGGAGAGGUCAACUGAACCCUACCUUUGACUUUGACAGUGGGAGAGAUAAACUGUACUGAUCUGCCGUGGAUAGUGGGAGAGAUAAACUACUAUACCGAUCUGCCGUGGAUAGUAGGAGAGAUAAACUACUAUACCGAUCUGCCAUGGAUAGUGGGAGAGAUAAAGUACUAUACCGAUCUGCCGUGGAUGGUGGGAGAGAUAAACUAAACCUAUCUGCCUUGGUGGAUAGUCAGAGAGAUAAACAGAAGUCAAAUAAACCGGUCGUGCAACAUAUGAUGGACAGUCGCAGACCUAAGCAGUUGUCAAAUAAAUCGCCCUACCGUAUGUUUAUGGAGCAAUACUUAGAUGACCGUGGUUAUGAUCCGUCAUAUAUCGCAUUUUAAAUCAUGUCUUGCUUAAUUAUUUUAUUUAUGGGUUUGUAAGUUUGUUUUGGGUAUUUUUUUUUUCUCUCUGUCAAAUUUGGUAGAGUAAUUUUAUCACACUAAAAAAUGAUAAUACAUUCUCAGCUUGCAUAUUAUGGUGUGGUGGUUAGGCUCUUUGCUGUUGUACAUAGAUGUCACUUCCAAUUACGAAGAAAGGAAGUUGUUGGGGGGUUUUUUUCAUUUUAAAUCCCCCCCCCCCCUCCCCUGAAAAAAAAAUUGACACCUUCAAGAUCCUUCCUCGACUAUACCUGUCUUUAGGGUUGCUACGGCCUGAGACUACUUUGAAGGGUACGGCAUUUCAGCAGAGAGACAAAGAUAUCCAAUUAAUUAAAGGUACUUUCCCAUAGGAGGAGAGUCAAACUUGCAUCUUAUGAGGUCCAUUUCAUACAUAUUUUAUUAUCAUGUCCAUGAUCGAAAGCAUUUUGCUGUUCUGUAUUUGCUGCUGAGCUGGAAACUGAACCGUGCAUGACAAUUAAAGAAAAUCUGUGGGUCCCGCAGAUUUCAGUU